AUGGAGCUCCCUCAGUCCCGGUUCCAAUCCCGGCUGGAAUUCUGCCCCGAGUGCGGCUCCGUCCUCCCCCGGCCCGGCCCCCCGAGCUCCAUCCGCUGCCCCCGCUGCUCCUUCUGCCUCAACUGCUCAGAUUUCGAGGGCAGGACCGUCCGGAGCUCCCUCGAGUUCAACCCCCUGGAGCCCGGGGGGGGGAGGGGCGGGGGCGGCUCCGCCCCCCUGGAGGGACCCACGGUGGAAAGGCGCUGUCCCAGGUGUGGGCACGAGGGGAUGUGGUACCACACSCGUCAGAUGCGCUCGGCCGACGAGGGA